AUGGCUAGCUCCAAGGGAUCACAGAGUGUUAAAGACUUGAUGUAUCCAGGAAAGCAUGCUUUGCUCCCUCCCAAAAUUCCGUUUCCUACCGUAUCAGCACCGUAUUCUGAGUAUAUUCCCAGUGUUGGUUCAAGGCAUGGUCAGAAGCUUAGUGAUGAGAAAACGAACCACCACCAGCGCACUUCCUCUGAGAGCCAAUUGGUAGAAGAGCCUCCCUUUUGGCUUGAUGAUCUUCUCAAUGAGCCAGAGAGCCCUGUUCGCAAAUGUGGUCAUCGACGUUCAUCAAGUGACUCUUACGCUUAUCUAGACAAGGCUAAUGCUAAAAACAUUAGUUUGACUCUCCAAAAUGAUUUCAGUUAUAGGAAUACGGGUUCUUCUCCCAGUCAUAGAGGAAUUCAGGAGCUUGAUUGGAAUAGAAAUGCUCAGGACCCAGCCUUUUACUCUGAUGCUAAUUUUCUAAAUCAGACAAAUCGACAGCGGGAUUCUGUGGUGGCAUCUGGGGCUCGUCCUUCUUGGCUACCUUUCACUCGAGAGAGUGUCGGCGGAAAACACAUGGGAGCAUCAUAUAUGUCUCAAGAAACAACAGUAAUAUCAGAAACAAAGAACUACGCCAAAACUCUUUCUAAUGACCCAAAAAUGUUCUCUUCUGAAGAAAAAAACUCCAAUCCUCAGCCUGUGACAUAUGAGGCUGACAAUACAAGACGAGCCAAACAGCAAUUUGCACAGCGGUCACGGGUCCGUAAGCUCCAGUACAUAUCUGAGCUAGAAAGGAAUGUACAAGCAUUGCAGGCAGAGGGAUCCAAAGUUUCAGCUGAGCUUGAUUUUCUCAACCAGCGGAAUCUUAUUCUGAGUAUGGAAAAUAAAGCUCUUAAUCAACGGCUAGAGAGUAUAGCGCAGGAGAAGCUGAUCAAACAACUGGAACAGGAAGUGUUGGAAAAGGAGAUUGGAAGACUACGAGCUUUGUAUCAGCAACAACAAACUCAUCAGCCAUCAGCAAGUCAUGGACGUGCUUCUACUAAUAAAGAUCUCGAUUCCCAGUUCUCGAGUCUUUCCCUGAAACCCAAGGAUUCCAACUGUAGGCAUGACUCUGUAUCUGUGAUGGGUCAAUUCCACUUUUAG